AUGCCACCACGCGGCCACGCAGACGUGCGCCUGUACACAGGACCGAACCCCUAUGCUCCAUACACACGAUAUCCAAAGCAGAACCCGCCCAUUACGGAUUACAAAAAGAUUCCUCCUGAAUUGGACUGGAACUCGCAUGACAAUGAUAUCCCAGAGCAUGAUAUCGAGAGGCACAUCCAACGAUGCAAAGACCGAAUUGACGACGGUAUCAUGCCUGACUGGUGGAAGCAUCGCCUUGUACGGUACGAAUAUUGGUUGAAAGUGAAAAACGCAAUGCUUGCCUCCGAGCCCAUGGGUCUCAGCGAGGACACUGUUACGAGACUGAAAAGUCUACAGGCGAUCAGGACCCAUCUUGCCACGGACGGGGAUCCGCAGCAGCAGAUCCCUAAUGUGGACGCGAUUAUGGCCCAUUAUCGAUCAGGACAGCUGGCAUGGAAGGAUGGACAUGUGUCAUAUUGGUCGAACGGGACGAGUAUGGGUCAAGGGCAGGUACCAUUUGACUGGAAUGAUGUCGAUCUCGCAUUGAGCCAGCAUGGGCCGGCGGAUAAAGGGUUCUGGAUCGAAGGAAUGAGCGGACCGGGACCAAGCAUGCAGAAGGCCCAGACCAUGCCGGUUGCACCUAGAGGUAGGGAUCACCUACACAAUAUCGACUGCACUGUCAGCCUUCCAGGGAACACGCAGGGUGACGCGGGGACCCUCACCCUGUCCUUCCUGGAUGACACAGGCUCAACACAUCCCGAAAUCUCCGAAGCCGAGCUAUACGACCUCUGCUGGAUGGGCCUCACUCAAGCUAGCUAUGUCGGAGUCAUAAUUUUUGACGCAGCGCGAAAUACGCACAUUGAGCCUUUAUUUUUGAUAGACAUUACCCUGCGAGACGCAAACAACUAUGAAUACACUCGCUGGUGCAGAAGCUUCUGUCUCGUUCGCCGGGGGCAAGUCCCGCUCGGUUGGGCAAGAACGAGUGGGAAUUGGCUGCGCCAUCUGGUGUUCACGGCCACUGCCCCCGAUGGGAACGGCACGCUGUGGCUUAGUAGACUCAAGACCGGCAUCACGAAUGAGCUCCCUCGUGUGGACAAUGCAUACGUUAGUGCUCGUGGUCCAGACUACCAAACAUACGGUCUCCCUGCUGGUCAAUUUCCUGCGUGGCUUGGGGCUUUGGCAACCUACGUGCCCCCGGGGUCCGUGGCAGGGCUGCCACCACCACCGCUGCCGCCAUUGCAUAGAAUAAUGACGAAAAAAAGGAUCAAAGCUAGUGCUGGGCCCAAGAUGGCUUGGGGUGGUGCUGGAGGCGGUGCCUAG